AAAUUUCUAAAUAAACCAUUUUAUGAUAGGUCCAUCUAACUUUAAUUGUUUUUAUGGUCGGCGCAGUUUAGCAUCAUCAGUGACAGCAAGCAGAGAACGGAGCUGAGUUGUCCGUUCUCACUGUUCUCGCACUGACACAUGAAAUUUACAUUCGUUCAUGGCGACCAGAUCGCUUAGAAUGAAGCCUAAUAAGCGAUCGAACCUCAAGCCCCGCUCGUCCAUGGCUUCGUCAUCGUCGUCUCGUUCAAAUUGCACAAAGCUAUGUCUCUUCAUUUCAAUCGUUCUAAUUAUAUGUUUUGUGAUUCUUAUGAGCAUUUCGACAAACAUGUGGAGCAAGCUCGGAAUCAACGCUCAGUCCACCUAUCUUUACUCUAUCGAAGUAAUCAACGAGUUCCCUCACGAUCCCAAAGCCUUCACACAGGGCCUUCUUUACGGAGGAAAUGAUACCCUGUUUGAGUCAACUGGCCUUUACGAGCAGUCAUCCGUUCGAAAGGUUGCUCUUCAGACUGGGAAGGUUGAGGUUCUUCAGAAAAUGGACGAUUCUUAUUUUGGGGAGGGUUUAACUCUACUGGGUGAGAGGUUAUUUCAAGUAACUUGGUUGAAGAAAACUGGCUUCAUAUAUGACCGAAAUAAUCUAAGCAAAUUUAAGAAAUUUACUCAUCAGAUGGAAGAUGGUUGGGGGCUAGCAACUGAUGGAAAAGUUCUAUUUGGCACUGAUGGAAGUUCCACGCUUUAUCAAAUCAACCCUCAGACAUUGAAAGUCAUUGGAAAACAAACUGUCAAGUACAGAGGCCAGGAGGUACACAACCUCAAUGAACUAGAGUAUGUAAAUGGUGAAGUUUGGGCAAAUGUAUGGCAGACUGACUGCAUAUGUAGAAUCUCACUUAAAGAUGGUGUUGUGCUUGGAUGGAUUCUCCUUCAUAAUUUAAGGGAAGGAUUGCUAGCGGCUGGGAAAAGAUCUAUUGAUGUUUUGAAUGGCAUAGCAUGGGAUAGAGAUAAAAACCGCAUUUUUGUGACAGGAAAACUAUGGCCAAAGCUCUAUGAGAUCAAGUUGCAGCCACUGAGAAAACAGUUUCAUGGAGUCAUUGAGCAAAUUUGCAUGCCAAAACCAGUUCACUUUGCAAAACCAUAGAGCAGAUAUACCUGUUAAAAUCCUAAAAUUUUAGGUCAUGGGGUUGGAUCAGAUGAACUUAGAAUAGAAUUCCAAUUUCGUAUUCACAUAUAAUUUUCAUGUAAAUUUCAAUUGGCACACAGGAAACAUAGAUUAGUUGAAGAGUUGCAUUGCCCCAAUUUUGAGGUCUCCAUUAAUUGCAUGGUUUGAGAAUUCAUUGGCACAAGGAUUGUUAGACCUUGGAUUAACCUCCCUGAAUUUUUCAGCUGGGUCAAAAUUAAGAUCAUGUGUGAAAAAAUGUUUUAAUUUCUUUCAAAAUAAGACAUACACAAAAUUUAAUUCAAGAAGG